AUGGUCCAGUCGCGGCGGCGCGGCGGCAACUACCGGUGCCCGCUCCGCGCCGCACUGCCGGCGGCGGCGCUCCUGCUCUUCCUCCUCGCCGCCGUCGCGCUGCUCUACGUCUCCCCGCCUCCGCUCUCCGACCACCCCGUGGUCGCCUCCUCCCGCCGCCGCCGCUCGCCCCAUGCCCUGCUGAACAGCUCCGGCGGCGGUGGCAUGGAGGAGUCCGAGCGCCGCGAGAUUUCUCGUGCUCCGACGAAUGGUUCGACCGUCAGGGAUGACCUUUGGGGUUCAAAGCUUGCUAGCAAAUUUUAUGGGUGCAGCAACUCAAGCAGCAAGUUCCUUGAUUCAAACAUUACUACCCAACCAGACCGCUAUUUGAUGAUUGUUACAAGUGGAGGCCUGAAUCAACAGAGAACAGGGAUAAUUGAUGCUGUUGUUGCUGCACGUAUUUUAAAUGCCACACUUGUUGUUCCCAAACUAGACCAAACAUCCUUCUGGAAAGAUUCAAGCAAUUUUUCGGAUAUUUUUGACACCAACUGGUUCAUCUCAUCUCUAUCAAAGGAUGUAAAGAUUGUGAAAGAGCUUCCACAUAUAGGAGGUAAACUUUGGGCUCCUCACAGGAUGCGUGUUCCCCGAAAAUGUACUGAGCGGUGUUACUUGAACCGUGUGUUGCCUGCACUCCUUAAGAAACAUGAUUUUAUAUUUUUUAUGACUAAAUCUAAAUCUUACAAAUACCUUUUCCCAGUUCAUCUUAACCCAGAGAAGGGAAGAAGGCAAGGUAGAUGCCCUCUAACUCCUGAAGAGGUGGGUCUGAUGUUGAGAGCCCUGGGCUACAGAAAGGAUGUCCACAUCUAUGUAGCUUCUGGAGAGAUAUAUGGAGGUGCAAGGACUCUGUCACCUCUUAAAGCUCUCUUCCCCAAUCUCCACACAAAAGAAACAAUAUCUAGCAAAGAGGAGCUGGCUCCAUUCUCUAAAUAUUCCUCUCGCAUGGCUGCACUUGAUUUCAUUGUCUGUGAUGAAAGUGAUGCUUUUGUGGCUAACAACAACGGCAACAUGGCUAAAAUUUUGGCUGGACGAAGGAGAUACUUUGGGCACAAGAGAACGAUCCGACCAAAUGCCAAAAGGCUCUAUCCCUUAUUUUUGAACAGAGGAAACAUGUCAUGGGAUGCAUUCUCCUCAAAAGUACACAUGGUUCAGAAAGGAUUUAUGGGGGAGCCCAAAGAACUGAGGCCAGGGAGGGGGGAGUUUCAUGAGAACCCCUCUACCUGCAUCUGUGAAAGGACUGAUGGCAAAGCAGUAGCCAGGGCCAAAUCUCAAGAUGAUCAAGUAUUGAAUAGUGGUGCUGAUCGAGGCAAAGGCAUUGGCGAGCCAGCUGUUCCUAAUCAUACUGAUGAAGAGGUGGGCGAACCUGAUGAUGACGAAGAUGCCCCUGCAGAGAGAGAGAUUGUUGAUGCUGAAAUGGACGACAAUGUGUUGGUCGGACCAGAGGAUCCUGAGCUAGAACAGAUUCUUUCAGACUAG